AGGUAAAAAUGAAGUGAAUUUCAUAGAAGAAGGUGCCUUUUCAGAAUUGAUGUCUCUAGAGGAGCUGGACCUGUCGUCGAACAACAUAACUUCUAUAUGCAAUAAAACGUUUACCGGACUAACCAAUGUAAACGAAAUCCGACUUCAAGAAAGUUCAAUUAGGUCUAUAUGCAGUGGAACUUUUGCUGAGCUAACAAAUUUAAAAGAGAUAGAUUUGGAAGAUAACGAGAACACCAUGGAAUGCUGUGAAGUACAAAGAUUUAUCACAUGGAUACAACAGAAUCCGUCAAUAAAAGUUCAUGGUAAAUGUAGACAUCAAUCUCAGUCAACAGUAAUCCAAACAUUUACUGUAACCGAGUGUCCUCCUCCAGUUUAUGGUUGUUGGACUUAUUUUGGACCAUGGGGAGUUUGUUCUAAAACAUGUGGUGGAGGACAACAGUCCAGAACUAGAACAUGCACUAAUCCUCCUCCAGCUCAUGGUGGUGACGAAUGUCAGGGAAGUUAUCAGCAGAUUAAAUCUUGUCAGGAACAACACUGUCCAGGUACCCCAGAAUAUGGAAACAAAGGAAAAGGAAAGUGGUACAAUCGUCUUUUUAAUUUCUUAAAAAAGAUGGUAGAAAGCGGCAUUAUCUCAUUUCAAUGGUAGAAAAAAAAGAGCAUUGUGGGACAUAUUACAUGUUUCCUUUGUGCUAUUUAUUGCGGGAAUGUUCAUUAAGUUGCCUACAUUA